UAAUGAACAUGCUUACGUUUUUUAGAUUAACAACAGGAUGAUUACCUUUUAAGGCUAUUUUUAUGCUAACGAACCGGUUUUUUUAUUUUAAAGUAUAACUGCAAUUCUAGAGGUCCAAAAAAGGCGUAGGUUCCUGUGGUAAUGGAGGCCGGUGCCCCCCCCCCCCCAAUUUUCUAAUAUAUGCUCUUUCUAGUAGCUUUGCUAAGAUUUUUUGAAAUUUACUUCGCAAUAAAGUUCAUUGUGCAACCUCUAUUUAUACAAAUCGCAAUAUUUGAGGUGAAAGGUCCGUUGAAGAAAUAUAAUUUGUACUCCAUGAAAAUUUCAUACAACUUUGUUUAUUUGAAAACCUCGUUUUGCUUUGAAAAAUACAUGGAAAUCGUUAAUUUGUUAUUGAAAUCUCGUCGACGCUGACAUUCAGGGUUUCAAUAGGAAGAGAUACCUUUUAUCUGAUUUUGAUUCGGUUUGAUUUAGGUCAAUCAUGCUACAUUCUUGCUAGCCGAGAUUCUGGCUUGACCAAGAAAAUGCCAGUAAAGCUUUCUCCUUAUGAACAUGCUCUUCGCUAACUUUCUGAAGUUUCAGUAGUUUCCUUUUUGAUAUUAUAUGCUUAUAUUAUUAUUUUAUUCUUACGAAAUUAAGAACUUAUCAUCACUUGUCAUCGAUUAUCUUAAUCCAUCAUUUAUCUCCAAACAAUAUCAUCAUUAUAAAUAUUCAUUACCAAUUAUUAGCAUCAUCAUAUACAUCAUAAUCAUAAUCAUAAUCAUGAUUUAAUCAUAAUAAUGAAUAUUUGUCAUUAGUUUUCAAUGUCAUGGCCAAAUAAUAUCAUCGUUAUAAAUGAUAAUUACCGACCAUUACGAUCAUCUAACACAUCAUAAUCAUUAUCACAAUAAUGGUUAUCAAUUAUUUUUAGCCUAUAAUGUCAUCGUCUUCCUCGUCCACUUCUUCGUCAUCAGUCAAAAGGACCGUUUAGUUCCUAUUCGUUUAAAACGCAGAAUAACAUUCUGUUGUCAAUAAUAGCGUAUUGGUUAUUGGACUUAUUCCAAACAACCCUUCAUAGGUUUACCAAGACAAAGAACUGUUUCACGUCGAGUGAAUUAUUUACCUUUGUAACAGUUUGCUAAUUCCCUUUGAGCAAAUCCUUUUAUUUAUUCAAUAUUUAGCAACAUUGUCCUCUUAGGAGAUAGAUUAUGUCAGUCUGUGAUGGUUAAAAACUUCAAAGGAUUGAUCUGUAUUCUUAUUCGUUUCUUGACCUAAACAGACUGCUUAACUGAAACAUUCGUUUUUCUAUAUUCAGUCAGAUGCAGGCCACCCUCGUCAUUCCAGUACAAUAACUUUUCUCAAUGCCUUUAUUUGCUGCUGUUGUUGUUUGAAGAGCGGCGAAUGCUGAAGUAUUCUAUUAACUGUUUAGCAUUUUAGAAAUUAUGGGUGGGAAUUCCUGAUAAUACUGAAUUUAUUUUAGAAUGCAUUACAACAACUUUUGUUGUUUAUCAGGAUAUCACCCUACGUAAUCUCCAAAGCAAUGCUACUCUUUUUUCCAACAGCAACCACGCAAAAGUAAACAGUUUUUGCAGAGCAAAUGUUUUAAAAUGAAGUUCUUUUCAAAUAAAAGUGUUUUUGAGUUGCCUUCUCUUAAACUAGAUAUCGCAAAUGGCGGACUCCAUAAGCGAGGAUUACGCCACAGUUAACUAUGGUUAAAGGUAUAGAGCCGAGAUGGCCCUGAGGAGGAGGGGGAGUUGGGGGUGGCUUAGCCACUUAGACUUUAUCUCAAACAGUAAUCUUUUACUGCUUUAAGCGUCAAAGCAGAAGCCUGUUUCAACUUAAAUUAAAGAAUAUAAAAAAUUAGCAGCAAAAUAUAAGCCAUGUCACCAGUUUCGAAUUUAAAGUUUUUAGUUGUAUGGUCAAGUGGCAUAGACAGAAUGCUAACUUUUCAUUCGCGCUUUGCAUUGUUUUGCAAUUGGCACCAUUUCUAUCACUACGCAUGCGUCCUAAAAAAACUAACUCAGGUUCGCCCCAGGUUUGCGUUGAUCUACACUAGACUUUAUCUAAACUAACCCAGGUUCGCCCCUGGUUUGCGUUUAUUUACCCUACACUUAAUCGAAACUAACUCAGGUUCGCCCCAGGUUUGCGUUGAUUUACACUAGACUUUAUCUAAACUAACCCAGGUUCGCCCCUGGUUUGCGUUUAUUUAUCCUACACUUAAUCGAAACUAACCCAGGUUCGCCCCUGGUUUGCGUUUAUUUACCCUACACUUUAACUAAACUAACCCAGGCUCGACCUAGGACGAACCCACCUUUCGAGAUGGGUUGACUAACGCGGGGCGAACCUGGGUUAGUUUGCGUUUACACUACAAAAAUCUAACCUGGGUUAGUUUUAACGUUGGGCGAACCCACGUUAGUUUGUGUAAGGUAAACAGAGCUUAAAUGGUUUGUCAUUUUUUGGCGAAAUUCGUCAUUGAAUCGAAUUCAGUUGAUGACGUCAGUCCCAAUGAACAUUCUGAAUACGGACUGAAUGAAUAUUUUGACAAGUUUGGAUGAAUUACACGCUUUUUUAUAUAAGGAACCUACCUCAAGGCCUAGUUCCAAAAGUUCCAUAUUCGUAGACCUCAAAUAAUCAAAUUGUAGUACCAAAAGUUCCUUAAUAGUUCCUUAAUUUGUUUUGACUAAAUAAGCCCUUACAUUUAAUAGAGAUUCCUUAUAGUAUUCAUAACAGAGAUUCAUAAUAGAGAUUCAAAGUAGGUUCUUUGUAAAGUGGUUCCUUAUAACAAAAAAAGCGUGUAUAAGAAAGAUAUAAAGUAUAUUUGAUUGCACUUGAUAAAUAGUUUUCAAAAUAGAAUGAAUUUCACUGCGGUAUUGAAUUAGAAAGCUUUAUCAAGAAUUUACACUAUCCGGAAAUUGUUCUCUGUUUUGGCAGCCGUUAACAGAACAUGAUGCAAAAUACGAAACCACUACAAAUAACCUUUUUAGUUCUCUACCACCUCGAGGCUCUAAGUUCUGUCGCCAGGGGUUUUUUCACAUCUAGUCUUAGCGUACUGUGAUUAGAAAGCACCAAAAAGACUCUUUCUGGAUCAAUUAUCCUAUCAGAUAUUUACUCAAAUUCUGGCGCUACUCCAACUUGCUAUCGUUGGUUUCCUUUGUUGUAAAAUCGAAAAGUUUUGCCAGCACUCGAUUCGAGGCUGUCUUUGUGUAACCUCACCUCAUGUAAUUUAGACAGUUGGGUGCGAGUAGGGGGAUGGGGGCUGUCUUCCAAAUGCUAGCAGUGAUUCUGCACUCACCCACAUCGUCAUAGCUAUAACUUUGUUGUGAAAGCCCUGCUACAAUGGUUGCCAAAAGGCUUGGUACACUAACGUCAUUUUCCAACGGCAAAUUCAGCCACCCCCUUUGAACAAUGUUGGUUUACGACAAAACGACAUAGGGGUUUAGGAAGAGCCCUUCAUUCUGCGACUUCUAAGAUAUGUUUCGAAAUUAUCGACAUUAUUUAGGGGAGGGGGUGCGGAAAUAGGAGAAUCUGGGAAAAGAAUUGAAAAAUAUAAAAACACAACGCAAAUCGCUCGGUAUUCCAAGUACUUUCGGCAAUGGUUGUAGUCGCCCGUGUAGAACUGAACGAUUUAAUAAACCCUCUGUUUGACAUAUAAAACGCUCUGGAUGUACUAACUGUAAAAAGGCUUGCCUAAUAUUAUCUUGACGUCGUUUUUAUCAAGGUCAAUUAGGCAAAAGUUCACGAAUAUUCCACAACCUUAAGAAAAAGUUCUAAAAAGCAUUUAUCAAGUUUCAUUUGAAACAUACGCGUUUCCUAAACUCGUAUUGUGCGUUUCUGGAAAGAUUAUCUUGAGACUGUUUCGACACACUCCAAAACCGAAAUUCUUAUUCUCAAGUUAUUUUACCGCACAAAGUUGUGAGAUGAAAAUCGCGGUUUGUUACUCACGUGUAGAAAUUCUUUAAAUAAUUUAUUAAGCCUUGGGUUCUUUGUGAAGAAACCGAAAUAUAGGACGGGCGUGUACGGUGAACUCUGUUAGAUUAAUUUUUCUGUACAAAAGAAUGUGUGUCACUUCGAAGUUUAUUACAGUUCUGCUAUUGAAGAUACUUGGGUGAUCUUGGUUGAAAUAAGGCUUGUAUAUGUGCAAUUGGAAAAGAGGUGAGACACUGCACUAGUGACGCACAUACCAGGGGUGUUGGGGUUGCGACACCCUACAAUGCUUUUCUGUCAUUCGUUCAAUUUUGCUUUGAUUCUGUUAAAUGAAUUUUUAGUAUGCAGAACGCAAAGGUUUCACUUGGUUUAUCUUCUUAUUUUAUCGUUAAAGGUUAGUUGUAAAAAUGGGCGUUUCCUACAUUCGCUAGCCAUCUGAAGGGUGUGGCUCCAAUAUCCAAUCAUUAUAUGACACUCCCCAAUCCUUGCCUCUAAAAUCCGUCCCCGUGCUGCACCGCAGCGAGCUAAUGGCGGCACCCUUCUCCAAACCUCGUAAUUUUUCAAUGAACUGCCUCGUUUUUCCCUGCCUUACAUCUUAGUACAUUAAUUCAACAAUAAAUCUUUGCACAUUUUCGCUUGUGUCGCCAUCUCCCUCUUCAAACAGUAUUGUUUUAUAAAUUUUUGCAGAUUUGUUUGUUCAUAAAUUAUUAGCAUGUAGAUAGUGAACUCGAUUGUCAGUGAGCUCUAGAAGAAGGGGAGGAGGGCGUUCUGGCCCAUUCAAUAUAUGAGACACCACUUAUUUCCGAUAAAAUUGAAAACUCGCCAAAAUCACCCCUAGGUGACAAGAACCUGUAGUUUAAUGAGACGGAGUUUUUUAAAUGAAUUUCAACAACAGUUUAUCUAAUCUAUUACAAAAACUUGAUUGCAAUAGAAAAAGUUCCACAUGUUUUUGUGAGGACAAAUUCGUCGUGAAUGUCUUCUUUGAAAAACUAGUGUAAAUGCUUCUAUUUCCCAAAUACUUUGUAAAAGUAGAAAAGUUUUUUCUCAAAGGUAUUCAGAAAACAGAAUAGAUUUAUCAAUGCAUGACUUUGAUCAAUGCAAUCCAGCGUUCAUAUUUUGAAUCAUUUCGCACAUUACGUUUGUUUGGUUAUUCCCAACUACUCAUAGAAGCUUUCUAUUUUGAAGGACGUUUAAAACUGCACUACCACUUUUAUGACGCAUGCUUUACUCUUCUGCCCAUUGAAUCUGUUGAGUCAAUGUAAACAAAACAAAAACUCGUUAUUUUCUCCAAUAUGUAAACCAUUUUCUCCCCCAUUGUUAUGAAGUCUUUGCUUGGGUGGCUUCCCCCCGGCCAGUGGUCAGUCGCGACUGGAGUGUAACAAGAUCGUAACCGACAGGAUUUCGUUCAUCGAGAAAGAUUAGUUUGACGAUAAUCUACGACUGGAUAUGUUAUGCUAUUGCCACCAACCGCACCGUUGAACAUUGCUGGCCUUUGAAGUGAUUUUAUCUAUGUUUUUAAGUCAUUUUCUUACCUAUUUCGCGGUCAAAAAUGGUUAUGGAAAAGUCUGAGCUGUCUAUUCGAAAAAUUUCGUCUGAUCAGAAUGGAUCAAGCGCAGGGGAGAACGAACUUAGGAUGGUUGUUGAGUCCAUUGAUUUGCCGCUGCGUGGCCUCACAGUUGUUCGACCGGUCCACUCAAGUGUCCUCCACAGAAGUCACUGUUUUCAAAUUACAACACCUUUAGAAACGAGGUAUUUCACUUGCAAUUCAGCCGAGGAUGCAAGCAAUUGGGUUGCCGGCCUCAAGGAAAUAAUUUACCCAAAUCGAGACAAAGAGAAAAGGGUUGACACCUCCCUGGAUGUUUGGCUAUUUGAGGCCAAAGGGCUUCCAUCAAAGAAAAGGUAUUACUGCGAAAUUGUCUUGGAUAAAGUUCUCUACGGAAGGACAUCAACGAAAUUGAAGUCUGAUAUACUUUUUUGGGGCGAACAGUUUUCAUUCGAUGACCUCCCAGGCGUCGAAAGAUUAUGUCUUUAUGUGUUCAGAGAGAAUGACAGCAAAAAGAAACGGAAAGAAAGGAGUGCUUUUGUCGGGUCUGUUGAAGUUCCUUUGGACACGAUUCCUGCGAACAACGAAGUUGAACAAUGGCUACACCUCCGCCUACCGGGAACCUCACCAAGACCUUCUCCGAAAAACUCCAGCAAUAAAAAUGAUACGCCAUCCAUUCGCGUUAAGGUGAAGUACCAGACAGUUGCCAUACAGCCAAUCUCAAAAUACAGAGACCUCCACGAGUACAUUAAACAAAACUACUUCCUGUUAUGCAAAGAGCUGGAACCCGCUAUAAGCCUAAGAGCUAAGGAUGAUUUGGCCCAAACGCUCUUAAGAAUUCUUCAAGUGACAAAACAAGCCAAAGAAUUUCUGGCUGAUAUCAUAAUUGCAGAGGUCAAUUCUCUUGACAAUGAAAACCUAACAUUCCGCGGCAACACACUUGCUACCAAAUCUAUGGACACUUACAUGAAGAUGGUUGGUCACAAGUAUUUGCAAAAGACAUUUGCACAGUUCAUAAAACGGCUAUAUGAUCUUCAGGACGAAUUCGAGGUUGACCCGACGAAACUUACUAGCGGUAAUUUGCUGGACAAUCAAAAGAAUCUCUUAAAGUUGGUGGAAGAAGCCUGGGCGCGAGUUCUUGGAUCAUAUUACCUCUUCCCAGCUGACCUUCAGGAAACGUUUUGCCUGAUCAAGAAGAGGUGCGAGGCGAUUGAGAAGGAUGUCAGUGUAAAGCUUAUAAGUGGUUCCAUUUUUCUUCGAUUUCUGUGUCCAGCAAUCCUAUCGCCAAGUCUUUUCCAUUUAACAAGAGAAUAUCCCGACGAAAAGACCGGGCGAUGUCUCACCUUAAUUGCAAAAGCACUUCAAAAUCUUGCAAACUUUACAAGGUUUGGUGGUAAAGAAGAGUACAUGGAGAGUCUGAACGAGUUCGUUGAGAGAGAGCUUCCAAACAUGAAAAAUUUUCUGGAUCUUAUUUCAAGUAAACCAGAGCAUUGCGAGCAAAGCAGCUUUGAUAGUUACAUCGAUAUUGGUAGGGAACUGGCGGUCAUCUCAAAACUUCUAAUGGAACAGCUGCCCUUGCUGAAUGAGGAUUCACGGGCAAGACUCAGUCCAUUGGAAUCAAUAAUAGAAUCACUGAAAAUGACGUCAAGUAGGAUAAUUGGCGUGCAAUCUUUGAAAGUCAAUGAUCUGGAAGUAGAUAGGCUUUCGCCAAUGCCUCGUUCUCAUAGCAUACCGAAAGAAUCUGAGCAUGGAGUAUUUCGCAGUAUGUCGACGGGCAGCAGGCCCGUAAACGCCAAUAGGGUCUCUAUGUAUAAAGACUGUGUCUUAAGCAGUGCCCAAGACUAUGUGUCGGGGUGCUCGUUGAUAGCCCAUACGCCAUGUAAACCAAAGUCAGGUAACUCCAAACGGACAAAAGGUCGUGCGUCCGACCAGAAGUUGCGAUUUUGGUCAAACAGAUCAUUUAAAGGCCAAGAUUCGAAUCUGUCACUUGAUCAAUCAAACUUUGUCCGCAGUUCAUCUUAUCAUGGACGGAGCUCUAGGGAUGAGCGAUCAAAUUACUUUUCGAUGUCGCAAUCCUUUGAUACUGGCUCUAACCCGAAUCGAUCAACUGCAUCUUUAAAAUCUGAUUCAAGGCUCAAAGCUCUGUCCGACCCAGUGCCUCCCGAGCUUGCAAAUUCGAGAUCACUUCAAGAGCGUUCUUUGCUUAUCAAUGACGAUGGAACAGCCAAGGCUCGAAGUAACAGUUUUGCCAACGGUGCUAAAUCUCUCUCUGCUAGCCGGCUGCAGGAUUCGUCUUUGGAUGGCGAUAAAACCAUCCGACGUCUUCCAGACAUCAUCCAUGAAUUGGUGUCACGAGAUGAUAUCACUUUACAGCCCGACCAACCCCUGUAUUUUUCGCCAGCAACUGAACCGAUGACACCGUUAGGAAAUCGAAACUUCAAGUUUGGUUUUAGUUAUGGCAAUCAAAGUGAGGAGGGUUCAUUAAACAGUAUCACGGACUUUGACAACCAGAAGCAUAUAAAUGCAAAGCAGACAAAUGGAGAUCGUAGCAAUAAUGAAAGUUCUUGCGAAGCCAGCGAUGCUGGGCCACUUGCCAUACCUAUAAGUUAUAACACGUGGUCAAGCAAAUCUUCAGACAGUGACUCGCUUGCUGCGCCAGGAAAUUACCGUAUAUCGCUGCAGGAACUGAAUGGUACCGAUACCGGCACACCUCACUUGCGUAGAAAUUUUGCCGCCGAAUUGUCAAUUGUUAAACAUCCAAAUUUGUCAUCGAAUUCGGAAAUGAGCCUCAUCAGCCCCCAGGAUGGAAAUCUCGACGAGGGACUUAAAUACAAGCCGCACUCGGACUCAAUUUUGUCCGGGUACUCUUCGAUUAGUUCAGACCGUGAGCGAACUUCUGAUCAUGAGGCUGCUUCCAUUUGUUCCAACGAAACGUGUAGCUGCACCUGUUCGGAGGACCAGGAAUCCCCAGCGCAUCGUGGUAAAGAACGCAGCCACAGACGCCACCAUCCUCAUAAUCUGAAUGACAGUUUUUACGACGAUCGAUCAACAGGGCAACCUCUUGAAAGUUCAAACGAACAUCACAACGUCCAAGAGAGCAUGGAACGAGACGUCGUUGCUGAAGGAAAGGCACCUGAAGAGUAUGAGAUUGAGAAUGCCUCUUUGAGACGUCAGCUGCUCGAGUGCCAGGUCAAACUGCGUUUAAAAGGAGAAGAGCUUGCCAAGUUUGCGAACAGUUACGAGCAGAGAAUGGCUGCACAUAAAAAGAAGCUAGCAGACACCGAAGCUAGGCUGCGUAAGCAGAAAAAGGAGAAGGACGAGCAAAUGAAAAGCAUCAUAUCAAGGCUGAUGAACGUCGAAGGUGAACUAAGAAAAGAACAGGCUGAAAUGCAAGAGGUCAUAGAGGCAAAGCAGCAUAUAAUUGAAGUGCAGGAAAAGAGGAUUAAGUCACUGGACACUGCUAAUCGAAGGCUUGUUGCUGCUCUGACGCAGCUGAGGAAUAAGUACGGCAGUAGAAAUGGCACCAUACAAAAGAAAUCAGAAGACCCUGAGCGAAGGGCGAAGAACGACCCUGACAGCACGAACUGUAGCGACAGUCAAGAUGUAUAAUUUUUCGUGCGGCCGUUCUUAUGAUUUUUGUUAAAUACUUCUAUGUUGAAUUGGCUAGCUUUUUAUUAAUUUAGAACUUUUCGUUAGCGAAAUCUGUAAAUGUGGGAUAUUCCUUCGCGCAUUCUAGUUGAUAUCGGGUGGUGCAUACAGAUAUUUUGUAAAUACUUGUGACGUUUCUGUGUUGCCUGUUCAGGGAGAAAGCGAGGCAUCAUGUAAAUUCAGUAUUCAUACUUCAUUUAUAUCAGCAUGCACCUGUCCGCAGGCACUUUUUGGCUCCGAUGUGAAUAGCCUGCUUUGUCUGCAAUUCAAGAAGAACAAUAAGAUGGACCUCUUCUAUCUAGAAAAGUAUAUAUACUUUUAAAUUCUGACAAAGUGAAAGUUACCAACUGCAAGUCCACAUGAUUUACUAAGUCCGCAUUAUCGAUCGUAUCGAGGAACUCGAUCUGCCCCAAAUCUGCCACCAAGCUUACAGCUUUACAACCAAAUUGGUUUUAUUUUGAUUAAUCUGCAAAGAGGCGUCUUUAUUUGACAUUUGAUGUUUAGAAAUAUUUUUGUAAAUGUUGAUAGUGAUUAAAACCAUUCAGUCAUUACGUUGAGUAUCAAGGUAA